AACUCCGAUCUACCAAUGCAAAUGGUUCGUAUGUCAGGUGUGCUAAUGUUUUUAUUCAGUUCUAUGAGAAACUCAUUACAUACUGAUGUAAGAGAAAAGGCACCAAGACUUUAGAUUAUUACAUAUUAUAAAACAAUGACCUAUAAAAGCACACGUAACCGAAGAUGACCAAAGGCAUCCCAUUCUUUCCGUAUUGUUUUUCAAUAUUAAUUUCAACUGUAUUCAAUGUGUAAAUUCUUAGAUAAGCAUUUGUAGGUAAUAUAAUAUUUAAUAUAGAAAACAAUGUUAUCAUUUUGGAUUAAAUUGGAGCUGUUAAGGAAUUAAUCAUAUUUGAUCAUAUUCAAAUAGCCAGACGUUGAGCGGUUAGGUAUGGAGAAACUUGAAGAUACUUCUAACCACACUCCGGACAGUCAACUAACUGAAGAAAAAGUUAACAGUCCCAAGGCAUCAGAGCUAAAUUUAGAAACUCAGCAAAAUUAUGAAUUUCCCGAAGUUAACCCGCUGGACGAAACGAGCCAAGACACUUAUGACAAAAAAGAGGAAUCUGUAAAGGGUAAAACUCCAAGGAAAAGGGAAAAAAUUAUCAUUGACAUUGAGGACGGACAACCACCUUUAUCAGACGAAUUAAAAAAUGGAUAUAGAAUUCUGCGGGAGUUGAUGUCUGAUUCCAACAAAGCGGUCAACUGGCCGUUCAUGGAAGCAGUAGAUGACAGUCAUCCGGACACAGCUGAUUAUUAUGAAGUUGUAGAUAAUCCUAUGUGGCUUAAAAGAAUGAGAGAAAAAUUUGACAAGCGUCUUUAUGAUAGUAUUACACUGUUUGUAUCUGAUUUCCGAGUGAUGUUGGAGAAUUGUUACCGUUACAAUGGACCAGACCAUUUUAUUUCUAAGAGAGGUCAGAGGUUAGAGAUGAUGCUUGAGCAAAAACUUGCACUUUUGUCAAGGGAAUUAAGAGAGAAAACCAGUGUCGCAGCUACAACUGGUGGCAAAGUAGAGGAAUCAUUUUCAUCAGGAAUGAGAAGGCGUGUUAAAUCUACAUAUCAAAGAGAUACCUCAGCUCUACUAAGUCAGCUUCGUAAAGAAGAGGCCCAACGUGGUAAAGAUUUGCGAAGGCAACAGAUUUUAGAUCGUAAGGCUGCUAAUGAGGCCCUGGUACAAGAACAAUUGGAAUGGGAGAACAUGUUAUUAAAAGACCCAAUAAAAUCACAGAUGAAUGGAAUGUGGGAGCUCCCACAAAUUGGACAUUUUUUGUUUUUGUGUCAAGAACCAUUAAAUAUUGGUGAAGUUCCACAAUUUGAAUUAGAGAGAAGUUUUGCUAUGCCUAGACAAAGUUCAUGUAUGCAGAAUGUUAUGACAAGCCUUUUGAGUACUCAGUACCAAAGAACCAAAUUAGAGAAAACAGGAAUGAUGCCAUAUUCUGUAUGGACUGAGAAACUGUAUAUUAAGUUGGCUGCCUGGUACAAGAUUCUAGCUGACUAUGGAGGAGAUACGUAUAAGGCGGCUAAUAAAAUUGGUAUAGAUUCAUAUUUCUUUGAUGUUGUUGGAAGGAAAAAUCCUUUAUUGAAAAAAAAGUUUCAUGAUUUAAGUUUUUACCGUAUAGUGUGGAUUGUUAAAAGCUUGUGUGACCAUUGCUUAGAAACACAAGAGUCAAUACGCGAUGCCAUAGAAAGACAACCAAUCCAAGAACAGCGUGAAUAUUUAUUAGGUUAUGACACUAAAGGCAAUCAGUAUAUACAUUUUCCCCAAUUUUGUGGUGCAGAUUUAAGAAUAUAUAGACAAGAACCUUUUCCUGAACCAGAAGAUAGUGAAGAAGAAAUAGAGGAACAACCACCAAUAGCUAAAAAGAAGAAAUUAGAAUCUCCGUCCAAAAAGUUAAACUCAGCUACACUUCUAAAAAAUAAUAACAAUAAGCAUCAUACACCAGAUACUUCUAUUUUAAGGAGAUCAAGAAGAGGGCAGAGUGAAGAAAGUAGUAAUUCAAAUAAUAACAGUUCAUUACAUUCAUCUAGCUCUAAAAAUACACCAGAGUUACCUAUCCUUGAUGAUACAAGUAAUGACAGUGCAUCCCUCCCAGUCCCAAGUUCAAAACAUAAGAGAAAUAGAUCUUUUAACAAUACCCCAUUAUUAUUGGAUGAAACUAGUACAGAUAGUGCUUCAAUAUCUAUAUCUAGUAGCAGACGGCGGAAAAGAGGUGGAAAAAAGGGUCGAAAGAAUGGCUAUGCUAAAAAUCUGAAAAAAGAAUUUGACUUGACUGAGAGUGAAUGUUUUGAUGAAAGUACUUGUUCUAGUUUAACUGAGUGUUAUCAAGGUGAUCGAAAUAGCGAAGAAAAAGAUUUGAUAAAUAAAGAUAAUAAAAUGUUGCCCAAUGAUAAUAAUAUUAAUGAAAACAGUGCAAAUGUUUCAGUGACAAUUAAAAAUGAAUCUGAAGCUAAUGACUACUGUUCUGACUCAACUCAAAAGGAUUCAGAACUAUUUAAUAUAAACAAUAAAACUACAAAACCUGAUCAAGAAAAGGUCAGCUCCAAUAUUUACAAUGGUGCUAAUACAAAUAAGUCUGAAGCACUUAACAAUUUAAACAGUAUUUCAACUAGCAGUGAAUUUGAUAAGUGUAAUUCUGAACUGGUUAAUCAAGUCAAACAGACGUGUCAGACUUCUAGUGAACAUAUAUGUGAUAAUUUUCACAAUAAGCCAGACUCCAAUAUUUCUGCUAAUGUAAAUAAUUCUGAAUGCGAUGUUGACAAUUUAGAUAGAGAUAGUGUUAUCCAACAACAAAUAAAAACAGAACCGUUCGAUACUGACCUGAAUAGUGAACUAGAAAUACCUAAACAAGUGUCAGAAAUAAUCAAAGACAUGAAAUUAGAAAUUGAUGCGAGGGAUGAACCAUCAGGUAGCAAAAACAUAUGGAAACAAAAUGAAGGAAGAGAAAUAAAAAAGCCAGAAAUAGUUUAUGUGAAGAAAGAAACUGAUUUGGGACAAUCAGAAACUUGUGUAAAAGAGAAAUGUUCUGAUGGUGAUAUAAAAAUAGAGAAAGACGAUAGCAAACAUAUCCUUACCAUGGAAACAGACAGUACUCCAUCAAAUGAAAUUAAAGCUGAUGAAAAUACAGAAAUUAAAAUAGAAAUUAAAGAUGGAAAUAAAGAUGAAGAAAGUGAAGAGAAAACGGAAGGGAGUAAAGGGGAAAUAAAAGAAGAAAAGAUGGAAAAUGAAGAAGAGGAAGAAGAAGAAGAAUUGGAACCUGAGUUAGGGCCAUUUUUGAUGAUAUGUGAUAAUGUAGAUGAUUUAAGACAACUUGUUGAUAAAUAUGCUGAACAAGAACCUAUUGUUAUGAAGCGAGGCAAGAAAGAGAAGAUAGUACAGCCGCCACCAAGAAAGAAAUGUAUUGUUGAUUUACACGAUAGACUGGCUUUCCUACUCAAUGAGCUUGAACCAUGGGAGUCAAAGUUGAAUGCUGCAAUGAGAAAAGCCAGAGUUAAAAUUCGAAGAGAAUUUGAAGACUAUGUUGAAGAAGAAGCAUCAGGUAAAUGGGAGAGUGAGUCUGAAACAUCCUCUAAUGUGGAUUCUUCUGAUGAGGAAAAUGAUUCAUCUGAAGUGGAAGAUCAACAAGAUCUAUCUGUAAAGAAAGAAAAACCGGAACCAAAGGAAAAAGCCAUUAAGGUUGAAGAAAUUGAGAUAGACGAAGAUGACUAUGAUGUCAGUUCCAGGGGUAGGUUACGCAAGCGGAGAAUUAUUCCCAACAAUAGUGAAGAAAGUAUCAAGAAGAAAAAGAUUAUUAAAAAGGAAGAACCAGUGCCUAGUCAUGUACCAAAUAUAUUACGUCAAGUUAAAUCUCCAGUGCCUGGAGUUGCAUCGCCACAGUCUUUAACUUUGCAACCAACAUCCAUGGGUCACACAAUAGCUAUCAGAAUGGCAAAUCAGCCUCAGACUGCUAGUCAACUGUUGAGGAUGUCGGUGAAUACACCAACAGUCAGACAAGUUGUUCCUGGUACAUUGCCACAGAAAUCAACAUCUCAUCCUGUUAUACAACAGUUGUUGUCUAAACAAACAGGAACCAAAGCUCCACCUACCUUAAUCAACUCAUCUUUAUUAAAUUUACAAACAUCCAAAACAGGAACUGCUGCAACAAGUUCUUCAUCUCAGCCUAGAAUCCAAUAUGUUAUCACUAAUCAACAAAACAUACCUCCUAAUAAAACAAAACCACAAAUAACCAACUUAGCAUCAUUACCAGCAGGUCUUCUGCAGCAGCUCAUUAAAAACCAAACCAUCAAAAUACAACAGAACUCCAAAGGAGAGACUCAGUUAGUUCUGGCAGCUCCCAUCCAACUAACCACACCAAUGAAGUCAGAAACUAGCACAUCUCCUGCAAAAGGACCAUUAGUCAUUACCCCAACGGCUGUAUCCACGCCAGGACCUCCAAUAACUUCUGUCCAAACAACCUCUAGUCCAUACAUUGUGCCUUUAACAACUUCAUCAACUAGUGCUUUAGUUCAUUCAUUACAAGCUACUUCAUCAAACACAUGCACCACUUCUACCAUGCUGUCACCAUGCAAAACCUCCCCUGUUCAGAAGUAUGCUAGUAAUGUGACUGUCAAAGCUCUGUUAGAGAAUAGAGCAGCUAAAAAACCUGAAUCACAUGGAACCUCUACUAAUAGUUCUACAUCAGUUGAAAUGGAAACAUUUUCUCCUGAUCAAACAAACACUGAUGGGAUGAGUCCAAGUAAAGUUGUUGCAAAAAUAUUACAAGGUUCUAUACCAGCCUCAUCAAUUAGUACUUCAUUACCAACUGUAAAUAUCAAAGUUCCACCCCCGGUGACACUUCCAUUGAUACAACCCAGAAAGAACAUCACUCGUACAAUACAGAUGAUUAAUGCUCCGAUCUCUGUUACAACAAAACUUGACAAAGGAAAAUUGGGAACCCAUGGAGUUAGCUCUACAGUCUCUUCGACCACACCAAUUACGAGCCUAGUGAACUCUUCAACACGGCAAACUGUGAUAGCACACCCGACUGUUGCCUCAAAUACAGGACUUGUGCAAACUGUUGCUUCUAAAUCAGGAUUGAUACUUCAAACAAAGUCAGUUGAUGCUAAAACCAUUUUACUGCAAGGCCAACCAACAAAACACAAUGUUGUUCCCCAGAAUCUGCUGUCUUCGUCACCAGGCAUUAUCCAAGGAUACUUGACACCCCAAGGACUUCAGAUACCUAGUAAUAUGUUACCAAGUUCAACAGGAUCAGUUAUAUUACAGGCUUCAAAAUCUGCCAUUGCAGGUUCUACAGCUCAUACGACAACAGCCAUUGCCUCAAGUAUUUCACCUAUGACCUUUUCAGCUGCUUCACAGUCCUUUCAGAAUCAGAAUUCUGCCUUAUUAUCACCGAAACCAUUGACUAAUAUUGCAACAACAGCAGCCGCGGGUACACCAAUGAUGACCAUACAACCUCCGGGAAAUUACUUUAUUGUACAGCCAGGUAAUAAAGGCCCAGUUCAACAUGUUCAGCUACAGAAAGUUGCUGGCAACCCAAAUCAGAUUAUCUUAGGCUCAGGUCAGGCAAUGCCUUUGGGUGCAGUAUUACCAAACACACUUAAUUCAACAAAGACAAUUCAACUGAAAUCUCCUUCAACUCCAGUACUUCAGGUAGCAAAUUCAGUACCGAAACAAGUCUCCAAAUUCGCUAUCCCACAAAAUAAUACAUCCACCAUGCCAGCAGCCAAUUUAGUUCGUCAGAUUGCAGCAGACCAACAAAAGAUACAGUUGCCAGCUGGAUCUAAAACAAUGGGAGUACAAAUUCUUGGACAGCCAGGAGUUUCUCAGUUCCCACAAAAUAUGCUGCGACUUCCAACUGGACAAUUGAUUCAAGUUCCACAAGGAAGUAUUGGUGUCAAGAGUGGCAGUAUUAGUAACCAAGAUAUUUGUCUGAAUCAAGGAUUGCUUAAUCAGCUAAAUCAACAGUCCAACAUAGCUAAAGUAACAACAGCUUCAAAAGUACUGCCCCAAACAGUACUGUUAUCACCCAGUGGCGCCACUCAGGGAAUCCAGCUUACGCAAAAUCCAACAAUCAACAGUCAGCAACUUUUACAGCAACUUCAGGGUCUUCAAACUGUCAGACCAGUCAGACCUGUAGUACCUGUUGUUCCAGUAUCGCCUGGAGUAUCGGUAGCACCUGCAGCAUCAGUAAAUAACCAACAGGUUCAGUUUCAUCUAAAUGUCACCGGUAAUAAACUAGGGUUAACAUCACAACCAAUUAUGAAUAUUUUAAGAUCCCCAGCCCCAACACAAAACUCGGUAUCAUCAAUUAAAACACCAAUGCAGCUUCAAACACCAUUGAGUAUUUCUAUCCCAAAUAGUACUGUAGUGCAGAGUCCUCAUGCUGGAAUUCAGAACAAACCAAUUCCAACACCACAUAGUUCUGCUGCUUCACCAGUUGGCAAGAACUCUGUUUCCCAGCAGCUAGGCGCAUCAAAGAUCAUACAGGUACCACUAAACCCGGUAGACGACGGUGUAAAAACACAUGUAGUUUGGCCAAAGGGAAAAAAGGAAAACCCUAAAAUGAAUUCUGCCACAAAGAUAGUUCAGUUGGCAGUGUCAGAUCUUCAAGAGUCAGAGCAGGAUCCAAAUAAAGUAGGCCUUCCCUCAAAAAUAUCACCAGAAAAGAUGACACCAAUGAAAACUUCUCCAACCAUAAGCCAUAUUUCCGUUGAUGGAGCUAAGAAAACAGAGGUUUUAGGACUCAAACCAAGCACAGAAUCGCCAGGCAAGCAGCAGAAGCUCCUGUUGUAUAAUAUUGGUGGUCAGUUGAUGACGGCCCAAGGUGUUCCUGUGACCGUGGACCAAGGAGUCUUAAAGAUUGUUCAACAAGCUACCAUACAGAUCGGCAGCCAGACUCUAACUGUUCGGGCACCAUCUGCAGCCCAAGGUGAUAAUUACGAAAUACCCGUCUCAGUCGGCGGAAAGUCAGAAAUACCUAACAUAUCUCCCCCGAAAACCUCCGUAUCUGGCAAAGUCCUGACAACACCCCUCAAGAAAGAAACACUAUUGUCCAAUGUUCCGCCAUCAUUGACUAAUUUAAUUAGUUCAGUCUCGGCUCCUUUACUAGACAUGAAACCAUCCAAAGUAGAUAAAGAUGUACACAGCGUGUCUUCAUUUCCUUACUCAAUCAGCUCCAAAGUAAUCAGUGAGAAGACAGAUAUGCCAGGUAUAUCUCUUCCAAAGUCGUCAAUAUCCGAUAAAAUUCUACUCCCGGAGACUUCAUGGACACCACUGUCCAAGGUUCCGCAAAGUUUAACUAAUUUAAUUAGUUCAACACCGGUUCCCCCACCAGACACUAAACCCCCAAAAGUGGAUAAAGGUGGACUCAGUGUGUCUUCAUUUCCCUAUUCUAUUAGCUCUAAACUAGUCACGACCCCGUUUAAAAACUUAACGCCUAAUUUAACCAACCGUCUUCAAGCUCCAGUUCUUUCAACCCGAACAGAAACUCUUGUGCAAACCAAUUACAACCAAAACAAACCAGAGAUGUCAACUAACAGCACACCCGCAGUAAACGAAAUUGUUACAUUUUCUGUAGAAAAAACAACUGGUUACAGUACUAUUAUGGAUCAGAAAAAUUCCAAUCACAACAGAGAAACCAACCCUUUUAGUUUCCAAAGUAGUUCCAAUGUUCCUGAAUCAAACAUUAACUGCACCACAAAAAUAUGCUCGGUGUCGCCGGUAGCAAGGCAAACAACUAACGCUGUUACUUUUGUCGCGGAAUCUAUGUCUGUGGUAAGCGAAAAUACACAACUGUUAAAAGCCCAAAACAAUGUUUCUGAAAUCAGUAGUGAAUAUGAGCAAUGUGUUACACACCAGCCUACAGCAAUAACUCCUACAAACACUACGGUUAGUAACGGAGCUGGCACACGCGAUGAAAAUCGAAAUAGUCCUCUCAAUGCAGUUCAGAGUCCAGAAAAAGAAGCUGCUAAAAACCUUCUAGCCUUGGCAAACCAAGCAUUACUUUCGCAUAAUACUAACAGUUAGAAUUGAAGAUGUUCAGUUUUUAGCUGUGUAUCUUGAGUAAAUCCGGUUUUUAGAAUUUCCAUGGUGAUUUAGUUGGAAGGGUCUGUAGAUACUGACUGUAACGCAUACAUGUACAUAAUAUUUACCCUAAAUCACGUGAUCGGUUGUAAAUUAUGUGUUCAGAUUGCCUCGACAGAUAUUUUAUUAAAGUCGGAAUUACUAUGCCAAUUGAUUGGAAGUUUAUGGUGUGUGAUAGAUAUUAUUAACUGACUGAUCUCCUUUUACUGUUAUUUAUGUUUAUUUAUUUAUUCUCAAAUCAGUCGAUUUAAGUAAUAUUAAAAUUAUGAACUGAGUAGUGAGCCCGAUCUGAAUCACUUUCUAAUCUAACUCGAAGCUUUAGAAGUGUGUGGGUCAAGGAUUUCAACCGAGAGGGAUCCAGGGGUUAGAUCUCCCUCCAUAUUGAAGCCCCACCCCCUCCAUGAAAAGUUAGAAAAAUAGAACGCUAUCGAUACCAUUUCUCAUUUCGGACUCCGAGCCCCCAAAGUUGAUUCUGAGCAAGGGGAGAGGGAGUUCUAAGCUGUAUAGACCCGCGCCUGGUUAGUUGUUCAUGGUUAAUUGAUCUUAAUUAGAAGCAACCCAAAUUUGUCUCUUAUAUUCAUUGGUUAUUACCAUUAAGAGAGAAUGGAAGAAAAUAUUUGGGAAUUCUUAUAUCCGAUUAUGGUUUGUCGCGUUAUCUGUCCCAUUAUAUAUUUUUUAUUCAUUCCCCCGUAUUUAUAUUUUUGUAAAUUGAUUCGCCAUUUUGUCUGGUAUAGUGUAUACUAGUACAUCGUGUAUAUAGUUGUUCAUUAUGUAUAAUGUGUAAAUAAUACACUUAAUUGUAAUUUAACUAAAAGAUAACUAUGCAUACUGUAGAGAAAUAAUUAUGUACAGGAAUUUUAAUGUAUAAUUUAUUUUUGUUUACUUAGUUGACAUGAAUGGAUAAUUUGCUGAGAAAAUUGUGGGUUACCCCUUUAUAAUUAUGAUCGUUGUGAUGCUCGAUUGUGAUCCCGUAAAGUUAUGUGUGAUGAUGUACAGUCGAGUUCAGUCUCGGUACUGUCACAUGGCCUAUAAUUUGAAUCGUGACGUAACAAAAGACAACCAACCGCGAAUCUUGUUUCUUGUGUCGUGUUUACAAGGAUUGGAAAUUGGAUCCAAUUUUCCCAUUUGAUCAUGGAUGAGGUUGGUGGCGGUCAAGUUCAUUUGACUAUUGCAUUACAGAAAAUCAUAAAUAGACAGAAUCCGCGAUGGAUUAUAUUGUGCUGGUUUUACAUAGCCAUUUAUUUGUGCAUUAUUUGACCAACAUAUUGACUUAAAACUACAGCCGUAAACACUCAAAGUGGAAUCGCCAUUAGUGUUAAGAUUAUUAAAUCGGGCGACUUGGAACUCAUAACGUCAGCAGUCUAAAGUUGGGUAACCUGACGUAGCCUUAAAAACGGUUUUGUUAAUACUUAUCAAGGACGAAUCUUCCUUACUUACAAAAUUGCCAUGAUCUUAAACCAUUCUUAAUUUGUUAUUUGUUAGAUUAAAUGUUCACUUUUUGUUGAGGAGAUAUUCAUAUUAAAGAUUACAUUUUCU